AUGAAGGUCGGCAAUUUGUUCUUGGUCGCUGGUGCGGCAGGAACCGCCAUGGCGUCUCCAUUCCAGUGGUUCGGCAUCAAUGAAAGCGGACCUGAAUUCGGCGAGGGCAAUCUACCCGGCGUGUGGGGCAAAGACUACAUCUUUCCAGACGCAGGUGCCAUGCAAACCCUGGCCAAAACGGGCAUGAACAUCUUCCGCGUUCAGUUCCUGAUGGAAAGAUUGACGCCAUCGGGCAUGACUGGAUCCUUCGACGAAGACUAUUUGCAAAAUUUGACAUCGAACAAGACCGUCAACACUAUCACUCAAGCAGGCGGUUAUGCUGUCAUUGAUCCCCACAAUUUCGGCAGAUUUAACGGUGCGGUCAUCACGAGUACCGCCGACUUUCAAUCAUUCUGGAAGAACGUGGCCGGGCGUUUCAAGUCGAACGCCCGAGUAAUCUUUGACACGAACAAUGAAUACCACGAUAUGGAUCAAACGUUGGUCCUCAACUUGAACCAAGCUGCCAUCAACGGCAUUCGCGCGGCGGGUGCAACGUCGCAAUACAUUUUCGUCGAGGGCAACUCGUACACGGGCGCCUGGACAUGGACCACCGUGAACGACAAUCUCAAGAAUUUGCAGGAUCCGCAAGACAAGAUCGUAUAUGAGAUGCACCAGUACCUCGAUUCAGAUGGAUCCGGGACCCAUGAGGCCUGUGUCUCUACCACGAUUGGGAAGGAGCGGGUCACUGCCGCAACGCAAUGGCUGAUUGACAACGGCAAAGUCGGAAUAUUGGGAGAAUUUGCCGGCGGUGUGAACGAUCAGUGUAAGACUGCCAUCACGGGGAUGCUGGAUUAUCUCGCUGCGCACAAUGACGUCUGGAAGGGCGCAAUGUGGUGGGCUGCUGGACCUUGGUGGGGAGACUACAUGUUUAACAUGGAGCCUUCGACUGGCGUCGCGUAUACCGGUAUUCUGCCGAUUCUGAAAAAGUAUAUCUGA